CAUUCCACAAAAAAUUCAUGCAUGGUCAUAGACGAGAUUAUCGACAGAAAAGAAACGAACAUGAUUAUUCUUGUUUUGUUUCAUGAUAUUAUUAUUUAGCCCAAUUCAUAUAUAACUCUUCUACACCGGAACUCCCCAUCCCUGUCUGUAUUUUCGCUGGAAGAACAGAGAAAUGGAAGCUCAUGCACAGGCCAAUCGCCGCAUUGCAACAAUCACGAAUCAGCUUCUGCCUCCUAGUUUCCAGGAAGGAGGUGAUGUUCAUCUGAAGAGAGUUGAUUGCAGAGCGAAAGGUGGGUCCCCUGGAUUCAGAGUUGCUAUCUUAGGUGCUGCUGGGGGAAUUGGCCAACCCCUUGCUUUGCUGAUGAAGAUGAACCCACUAGUUUCAGUUCUUCAUCUUUACGAUGUUGUAAACGCCCCUGGUGUCACGGCUGAUGUUAGUCACAUGGACACUGGAGCUGUGGUGCGUGGCUUCUUGGGCCAACCACAGCUUGAGAGUGCGCUCACUGGCAUGGAUUUGGUGAUUAUACCAGCUGGUGUUCCUAGGAAACCCGGAAUGACAAGGGAUGAUUUGUUUAAAAUAAAUGCUGGAAUUGUGAGGACUCUUUGUGAAGGAAUUGCCAAGUGCUGUCCCAAUGCUAUUGUCAACUUGAUUAGCAAUCCAGUGAACUCCACUGUCGCGAUUGCUGCAGAAGUUUUUAAGAAAGCUGGCACAUAUGAUCCAAAGCGGCUACUCGGUGUUACAACUCUUGAUGUUGUGAGGGCAAACACUUUUGUGGCAGAGGUACUGGGUCUUGAUCCUCGAGAGGUUGAUGUUCCUGUUGUGGGAGGUCAUGCAGGAGUCACAAUAUUGCCUCUGUUGUCACAGGUUAAGCCUCCUAGUAGCUUCAGUCCUGAGGAAGUUGAUUACCUUACCAACCGCAUCCAAAAUGGUGGAACAGAAGUUGUUGAGGCAAAGGCUGGGGCUGGUUCUGCUACUCUAUCAAUGGCAUAUGCCGCUGCCAAGUUUGCUGGCGCAUGUCUUCGAGGCUUGAAAGGAGAAGCCGGAGUGGUAGAGUGUGCUUUUGUUGCUUCUCAGGUUACGGAACUCCCCUUUUUCGCAACCAAGGUACGUAUUGGCCGUGCCGGAGCAGAGGAAGUUUAUCAACUUGGUCCCCUGAAUGAGUACGAAAGGAUGGGCUUAGAGAAAGCAAAGAAAGAGUUGGCAGGAAGCAUCCAGAAAGGGAUUGACUUCAUCAGAGGUUAAAUGAGAGGUCAGGAGUUGGCUGGUUUUCGUAUCAACGACAACGACCUUGUGAAAUAAUAAUAAUCCCCCUGUUCAUAUUAGAUUUUUCUCGAUCCUCCUCGUGUAUUUUCGGUUUUACCAAUCGUAUGAAAUUUGAGCAUACUGGAAAACCAUAUUGUAAGUUCAGCAGGCGAUCUGAACUUCGGAUUCAACACAAUGAACUAUCUAUAUUAAUUUCGUACAAUUUACAUCCGAAAUAAAGUGCACAACUGUAGAUGUAAGGUCU